AUGGUAGGCGUUCUAAUAGCUCUUGUCUUCUUGCUACUGACUUGGAGCAACUGCGGAACAACCCGCAAUAAAAUUGUUAGUACUCUUUCAGAUGAUAUCUUUGAUCUAGAUAAUCUGUACCAGAUAAUCGCUUUAUUUUACAUAUUCUUUAGUGGCUUGAAGAAUGUUUACACUUUCAAUCCAGCUUUACGUGCAGACAAGUCACGGACUCGAGAACAUCUGUCAGAAUUCACUAUGUUAGAAGUUGAAAUGGCUUUCGUUGAAAAUCUUCAAAUCCUCUUAUCGCACGAUGAAUUGCGGAAACUUUUAAAGUCUCAAAAAUUUCAUGCCAUUUCAUACGAUGAUGCUCUGAAGGUGGCUGGGGUAUUUACGAGUAAAAGACUUGGGAAGAACGAAGAAAAGGCUAUAUGCAGCCACUUUGGAAAUGCACCAGUUUUUGUCACGCAUUUUCCAUCAGAUCAGAAACCUUUUUAUAUGAAGACUUCUGAAGAUGGACGUAAGUGUUUGUGCUUCGAUUUGCUGCUCCCAGAAGUAGGAGAAGUUUGUGGGGGAAGUCUUAGAGAAUGUAACGGCGACAUUCUGCGAGAAAGGUAUCUGGAUCUUCGAAAAUACGGACAUCCUCAGCUUGGUGGAUUUGGUUUAGGAUUUGAGCGACUGCUUCAGUUCCUUCUCGGAAUUAGGAACAUAAGAGAUUGUACGUAUUUUCCGCGUUCGUAUCAGCAUUGCUUCGGUUGA